UUUUUCUGCUUGAUAAAGACUGGAGUGUCACUCGAAACGUUGCAUCGUGUUGCUGUUCUGCUGUGCAAAUAACGGCAAAUUAUUAAAGGCGAUUUUAAAUAAAUUGUCUGUCAAUGGAUAUUCAUUUGCAUAUUAUGGGGGAGCUGCUGUGAUCAGGCUCCAAGUCUUGCACCCAAAGGAGAAGGGGAUCAAUGAAGUAAGUGCGGAUCUAACAGGAAUAAUCCCUUGUUACAACAUUCUGGGAUUUGGGCUUCUUGCAGCAUCAGUGUUUAAUAAAUAAUCUCUAAAAAUGUAAAUUUUCUAGUAAAAACAUUUUUUUUCCUGUUGUAAAGAACGUGCUCCUAAUGCAUUUUCUUAUUUUUAUCAAUGUUUUUUUGUUUUCCAAGUUAAAGUAACAGGAUUUUAAGAAAAGAUCAAAACUGAACAAGAGAAUUUUGUGCUACAAAAGAAACGAGUGACUUUCACCUUCUGCAGGAUCUUCACAUGUCAAUGAGAUUCUACAACUUCUUCUGUGACAAACAAUCAUCAUCAAGUUCCGAAUUCUAUUUCUGAUCCAUUUGGAAGAUGUUCCAGGUAUCAGUGAAUUCAUCUGGAUAUGUGGCCAGUAAAUCUUGUCUGGGUGGCCAUUGCCCAUUGUCUCUUGUUUGCCUCCAGCAGUGCUCAUCCCACAUAUAGAGGCAGAUACAAAGCCUCCGUAUUUACUGACCUUACCCCUCCUGAAAUGACCUCUGUCCAGAGCUUCUUGAUGGACCAGGAUAUUCUUAAUUUAGGAUCCACUGAGCAUACACUGAAACAAAACACAAUUUUCAUGAUGGAGCUCAACAUGCCCAAAAAACUGCAAGUGCUCAGCUUUCUGGACCAAAAUGGUCCCAAACCUCUGAGAGAGGCCAAAGUGGUCAUCUAUUUUGCAGACCAGCCUCAUCCCAAUGUCACAGAAUACAUUGUGGGCCCACUUCCCCACCCCAAUUAUUACAGACCUAAUGUCUAUAGGGGGAACAAGACAAUCAAGUUUGAGUCCCGGCCAGUCACCACCACAGAGUAUUAUUUUAUUCACCUGAAGAUGUUGGAGGUUAUGAAGGAAAUGAAUCACAUUCUACUGGAGACAUCUGGAUUUUCCUACUACAACUGCACCAACCGAUGCCUUUCUUUUAUCGACAUUGCACCCCGAGGCCUGAAAUCUGGGGAGCGUAGGUCAUGGCUAAUGAUAAACAAGUACGUGGAAGGGUAUUUUCUCCAUCCUAUAGGCAUUGAGAUCCUGCUCAAUCAUCGCUCCCUGGACCCCAAGGAUUGGGCAGUAGAAAAGAUUUGGUACAAUGGACAAUAUUUUGACCGUGUUGAGGAACUGGUUAGGAAAUAUGCAAGUAACCAAUUGUCCAAGCUCCGCCUGCCGGUGCAUAUGGACAGUGAUCCCUACUCCACAUUUAUACCCCGUGGGGAGUACAUGACCAAAUCAAAUGUACAUGGCCCAAAAGUGUGUGAGCCUCAGGGCAAACGCUACCGGGUCAUGGGUAACUAUGUGGAGUAUGCUGGUUGGAGCUUUGCUUUCCGUUCAAGUACAUCGGCUGGGAUGCAGCUCUAUGACAUACAGUAUAACAACGAACGCAUCGCCUAUGAGGUGAGCAUCCAAGAGGCUAUUGCUUUUUAUAGUGGGGUCACCCCCGCUGCAAUGCAGACCAAAUCUAUUGACUCUGGAUGGGGCAUGGGCUCAGAUGACUAUGAGUUGGCCAAAGGCAUUGACUGCCCUGAGGUUGCCACUUACCAGGAUGUCCAUCACUUCUAUGACACAAACAAACCAGUACGUUAUAAGAAUGCCGUUUGCAUCUUUGAGCUCCCCACUGGAGUGCCCUUACGCCGUCACUUCGACAGUAACUACAGGGGGGCCCAUAACUUCUAUGGUGGCCUGGAGAACCAUGUCCUGGUGCUGAGAACCUCCUCUACAGUCGAUAACUAUGAUUACAUAUGGGACUUCAUCUUCUACCAGAAUGGUGUGAUAGAGGUUAAGGUUCACCCUACAGGCUACAUCCAGACAACUUUCUUCACACCAAAUGGGGCUGUCUAUGGCAGCAAAGUCAAUAAUAAUGUCCUGGGGAACCUACACACUCAUUUAAUUCAUUAUAAGGUGGACCUUGACAUUGCAGGGACAGAGAACAGCUUUGAGACUGUGGGACUCAAGGCUGAGAACAUCUCCAACCCCUGGAGCCCCGGGGACUUUAUAUUCCAGCACCGCUUGGAGCAUCACCUGAAGUCCACUGAGAGACACGCAGCCUUCAGAUUUGGCUCUCCCCUCCCCAAGUACUUAACCUUCAUGAAUCCCAAUAAGAUGAACAAAUGGGGGCACCCAAAAAGCUACAGAAUCCAGUACAACUCCAAUGGUGACCAAAUACUUCCCAGACGAUGGAAAGAAGAGAAGGGAAUAUCUUGGUCCAGGUACAGCCUGGCAGUCACGCGCCACAGUAAUGCUGAACCCACAAGCAGCAGCAUCUACGCCCAGAAUGAACCCUGGGACCCAUUGGUUUAUUUUGAGAAUUUUAUUCACAACAACGAAGACAUUGUCAACAAGGACCUGGUUGCCUGGGUGACGGUGGGUUUCCUACACAUCCCUCAUGCAGAAGACAUCCCCAACACAACAACCCCAGGAAAUGCUGUUGGGUUCCUACUGCGCCCCUUUAACUUCUUUGAUGAGGAUCCAUCGGUGGCUUCCAAGAGUCCAGUCAUUGUAAGACCAGCAGACGGUUCCUUCUCCAGAGUCAACAUCCAGCGAUGGACCCCAGAGGUUGUUGGCCACUGUGUUUCUGAUGAGCCAUUCAGCUAUAAUGGGACCUCUGGGUUCUUAGGAACCCUAUGAUAAGGGGGCGGAGUCUUGUAUCUAUGCUGUGAUUGGCUACAGAGAGAUAAAUGACAGAAACAAAGGAAACUGGAUAAAUAUUAUGGAAUGAAAUGAACAAAAUGAGUAAAGUUUUUUGUGCUGUU